AUUAAUACCCUCAAAGUCUCCGGCCCUUUUCCAGUCAUAAAAGGUCUCUCUCGUUUCUCACACUGCAACUCUCUCUUCUCAUCUUUAUCUUCAGUCCCGUUAUAUUUCUCUGUCAAAAAUCUGAAGCCCUGUUUUGGCUUUUCCCUGAUAUUUCUAUUUUUUUAAUCCAUUUAGCCUCUUUCUAUAUCAAGAUCCAGAAAAUCGAGCGAUUUUUGACUGGGCAUGUAAGCAGUUUAUAGAUGGGUAUAUACCUCAGUGCUCCUAAAACAGAGAAAUUUUCUGAAGAUGGUGUGAACAGUAGGCUUAGAUAUGGCUUAUCAUCCAUGCAAGGAUGGCGUGCUACAAUGGAAGAUGCUCAUGCAGCGCUUACUGAUUUGGAUGCUUCCACCUCAUUCUUUGGUGUUUAUGAUGGUCAUGGGGGUAAGGUGGUUGCUAAAUUUUGUGCUAAAUAUCUUCAUCAGCAAGUUCUCAAGCAUGAAGCAUAUUUGACUGGUGACAUAGGUACUUCUGUUCAGAAAGCUUUUCUCAGAAUGGAUGAGAUGAUGCGUGGACAGAGAGGGUGGAGGGAGUUGGCCAUUCUGGGAGACAAAAUAAACAAGUUCACUGGCAUGCUCGAGGGUUUGAUAUGGUCUCCAAGAAGUGGAGACAGAAAUUACCAAGUUGAUGAUUGGGCAUUUGAGGAGGGCCCACAUUCUGAUUUUUCUGGACCUACUUCUGGGUGCACAGCUUGCGUUGCAGUCCUAAGGGGCAAUCAACUUGUUGUAGCAAAUGCUGGUGAUUCUCGGUGUGUAAUUUCUAGGAGUGGUCAGGCAUACAACCUUUCAAGAGACCACAAGCCUGAUCUUGAGGUCGAGAAAGAGAGAAUUUUAGAAGCUGGUGGUUUUAUCCAUGCAGGACGUGUUAAUGGCAGUCUCAAUCUUGCAAGAGCUAUUGGUGACAUUGAAUUCAAGCAGAACAAGUUUUUACCUGCUGAAAAGCAAAUUGUAACUGCCAAUCCUGAUGUAAAUAUUGUAGAACUUUGCGAUGAUGACGAGUUCAUUGUCCUUGCCUGUGAUGGCAUCUGGGAUUGCAUGUCAAGCCAGCAGCUAGUAGAUUUUAUUCACGAGCAGCUGAAAUCUGAAACUAAGCUUUCCAAGGUCUGUGAAAAAGCACUCGAUCGGUGUCUGGCACCAUCUACUGCUGUAGGCGAGGGUUGCGACAACAUGACCAUGAUCUUGGUGCAAUUUACAAAUCCUGGCCCUUUGAGAGCAUCUGCUCAUGAUAAAUCCUCUUAUCUGGAGGAAGUGCCCAUCGAGUCAAAAACCAGCAGAAACUGAAUCGUAAUAACUGCAAAUAACUUGACAACAUCUGAGCAUACAUUUUGGAACUGUGUUCAACAACCUGUAAUUGUAUAUGGCACUCUCUUUUUGCUGAAAUUGAUAAAAACAAAGGGCUUAUUGUUCCACUUUUCCAUUUCACUUUAGUGUAAUAUAGCCAUGGGAAGAAGAAAUGUGUACAAAUGAUUCAAAAUACAGGUUUUUACAUCUGGUUCAUAUUCAUGUACAUUAUACCAUUCAGUGUUUUCACUGGUAA